ACGCUGAUGUGCACGCCCACCGGCCUGUACCCCACCAAGUUCGGCUGCUACGGGGGCCCGAGCGUGGUGGAGACGGUGUGCCAGGCCCAGCGGUACACCCUCCUCAUCGGGUCCGCCUUCUCCAUCGGGCUGCUGUGCUUGGUCGCCGUCAUGCGCCAGUCGGGCGGGGCCAGGACCGCGGACCGCUUCGCCAUCAAGGACCAUAACGUGGAGAUGGGGAAGGACAGCGAGGGC